AUGUCUUGCUCGUCGUCAACAUCGUCGUCCUCCCCCUCCACCGCUCCUCCCACCCCGAAGAUGUACACUACCCAGCAUGACAUCGAACAAGCGCUCGUGGGCUCCUGGUCCCUUAUCGAGUACUUCUCCGACCCCUACGACGGCAAGGGCCCCUCCCUGCAUCCCAUGGGCCCCGACGCACGCGGGAUCCUCACCUACCACCCGGACGGGUGCAUGUCCGUGCACCUCAUGCCCGCGACCAACAAGCAGAGACAAACGAGGCAGUCCCGCACGACGCUCAACGACGGCUUCAUGUACACCGGUGAAUACUGGGUGGAGCUGCACGAGCGGGAGACGAACCGCAGCUUCGUCGUCUGCCACCGCGCCGAGAUGGCUUCCUUGCUGCAGUUGGAGGGCAAGGUGCAGCGGCGGCAGGUCACGCUGCCGAGCCGGAAUCGGCUGGUCUUGUCGUUUGUGGGCUUCGAGGAUCUUGAUGGUCUGAUGGUCAGGCCGGAGUUGAUGUGGGAGAGAAUCAGUCGGCCUUGCAGGGCAGCAUCGAGAUGA